UGUUUUCACAGUUCCCGUAAUUAGGGCACCAAUAGGUCAGGCGCAGACUCUACACUCAUGACCAAAUGUUUACCUUACCAGUUCCAAAAUAAAGAAUUGCCAUAAAGCAAGAUGGUCUCCGUUCUCUUAGCGCUUGGGAGUUAUCUCCUGCUUGGAUUCUGUACUGCGUCCAGUUUGAGAAGUGAUCGCACAAAGCGCUCGUCCCUCUGUUACGGGGACCUGGGUUGUUUCUCCAACGACUACCCGUUUAAUAACACCGAUGGGGCACUGCCUCUAUCUCCAAGUCAUAUACGACCCGCCUUCCUUCUGUUCUCCGAGAGAAGCAACCCUAGCGCACCUUUUCAGCUUGUGCGCAAUGACAGACACAACUUAUGGACGUCCGGGUUCGAAUCCAGUCUCCCCAUCAAGAUAAUAAUCCCCGGCUUCACACAGAACGGCAACGUGACUUGGGCUCAUGUCAUGAUGUCCGAACUCAUAAGAAAGGAGAGGAUGAACGUGAUUAUUGUGGACUGGGGCAAUGGUUCCGGGUUCCCUUACACUCAGGCGGUCGCAAACACCCGCGUCGUUGCGGCGGAAGUAGCAGCCAUGAUCUCUUACCUGAACACCGCUGUAGGAACCACCAGCACACAGUAUCAUCUGAUUGGUCACAGUCUCGGCGCCCACGUGUGUGGCUAUGUCGGACAAAUUGUCAGGGGUCUAGGGCGGAUCACAGGUCUCGAUCCUGCCGAGCCCAACUUUGAGGACACGCCAACGGAAGUGCGUCUGGAUGCUACCGAUGCUAACUUUGUUGACGUCAUACACACCGAUGGAACGGAAUACGAUACAAUUUCCGGUUACGGGAUGAAGGCGCCCUGUGGUGACAUUGACUUCUAUCCAAAUGGAGGGCGUAACCAGCCCGGAUGUACACACGAGACUUGGACCAACGUUGUGUCACAUCUCGAACUAGGCCCACACGCUGUUGGCGGUAUGCUAGCUUGCAGCCACGACCGGUCGAUCUACCUGUUUACGGAGUCCAUCAACGGGAGAUCCUGUACCCUGAAGGGCCAUCCCUGUAAUAGCUACGAGGACUUCGUCGUCGGGCGGUGUUUCUCCUGUGGAAACCAGCCAUGUCCAAGCAUGGGGUACAGUGCCGCUAGUUUCCGUGCAAGGGGCAAAUUCUAUCUUGCGACAUUAGACAGUCCACCUUAUUGUGGUAACUACUACCAAGUGACCGUCCAGUUCGGACCAACCAUGUCAACUGACCACGGAGAAUUACGCCUCAGGAUACUAGGAACAUCGGGGCUCUCCCAAACGUUCACCAUUCAAAGUACCAACCAACAGACCAGAAGAGACGACGGUUUCCGACAAGGUCAAGAACGCAAAGUCAUGGUUGUGUCCAGAAAUUACCUUGGCAACAUACUAAACGUGCAGGCACAGUUCCAGGAACACAGUUCUAUUCUGUCUUACUUCUGGACCGGGGCCGUAUCACUCUCCAGAAUCACGGUGACCGAUGGCAAAACGGAAGCAAGGUACCUGUUCUGUAUUGGCGAGACCGUGCUUCACUCUGGACAGCCAUUGGUCGGUUUCAAUCACGCCGUACACACUACGGCGGGGUGUCCACCUGGACAGUAACCAACUGACCAGAUGACGUAUUAGGACGAAAAAAAGAUAUAGUCGAAACCCGUAAAUCGAGUCACCACUAAUGAGUGAAAUAUUGACCUUUUCUACACAAAAUUGACCCAUUGAUCCUGCUGUUUCAUCCGGUCACUUGUGCGGGGAGCGACAGUAAUGUAUUACCGAAGCUCCAGUGUAAUAAGGAUGAUAGUAGGCGGAGACUGAGAAACAGUUAAUGCAUGCGACCAUUAGAGUACGUUCAACAAGGUGUAGAUGUUUGUGGAUUAUGAUAGUUGUCAAAUUUAAUCAGGAGUUACCUCCCCUGUCAUGUACAAUCUAUGUAAUAUUCAGUGAUGCAUUAAAAUGGCAGUGUUGUCUUUUC